UUUCUUGGAAAGGUCAGAAAGUGAGAUGGCAGGAAUGGCGUCACAAGUCGGACGCCAUGACCCUCUCUCGGCUCGCCUGUUCCGAUAAAAGCGCGAGAAAGUGGCGUAAAAAGUACUCCCCUUAGUCUCCCCUCGACAUAGGUAUCGAUUUUACGAGUUAAUCGUCCGGGAACGAAGUAUUUUUAGUUUGUUAAUAAUCUAGUUGUAUCACCAGACUCAUUUCAUGUGCUUGAUUUUAAUUGGGUUUGAAAUAAAAGUUUUAAUAAAUGGACGAGAGCGAAGGAAGUGGAAUCUUUUAAAUUAUAUGGAAAUAAAAUCGGAUUAUAGUAAGUCUGAUUUUAUUGUUCAAAGGUGAUAUAUUUUAUGGUUAUGUUUUCCAUAGAUUAAUAUAGAGUCUGUUGAAAAGACUAGAUCUCUAUAUUUUGAUUAUAUCAAUACUUUGCCUAAUAAACCUGGGCUAGACAUACGAUGCGUGACAUGUCGCGGUGCGCUCAGCCCUUCCUCUCAAAUACCGAAUAACAAAAGUACCCUCUCCAAACACUCUACACCUACAAGCUAAAAAGCAUCUCCUAGGAAAAAAGAUUGAGAUAAGAAGAGGCGAGCAAGAAGUAGAAGUCCUCCUUUUUGCAUAGCAAUUGCCUUGACGACGCAACAUCAGUAUACUUUAGACCCGCUUAUGAUGCGGUGGCGAGCCAGCCGUGUUUAGUAAGCGCUCUGCGUGUGCACUGGCAACUCAGACAGGAUAGGCCGGCGUAACGGACGGGGAGGGGUGAAUGGCCGCAUCAUGGCCAUCUAUUCGCUCGCCUCGCAUGGCAGCUCGUGAAAUCAUUCCAGACCAUCGUCGUCACCGGAACGGUACUUGCCGAUGUCCGCUACUUGUAUCGCAUCAACGUUUUCGUCUGAUUUGCAUGAUGACGCUGCCAGCCUGCACGAAUUGUUGCUUUUCGCUCCUCUUCAAUUGUUGAUCGAGUAUAAAGAUCUAGUUAGGAACCGUCGCGUAAAGGAAGACCACCUCUAGCCAUGUUAGCCGCCACAUGUGAUCGAGUCGCGGAGGGGAGUCCAGAGAGUUUCCCUGAUCCACCCAAGGCCAAAGGUUUCCACCCCUUCAAAAGGACGACACCAACCAUGUCUGGACUGACUGCAGAGCACGCGGCAUCAAGGUUCGCCCAUAUGGCGGCACCCGGAAGCAUGCUAGGCGCAUCCUUACCGUAUCCGUUGGCACCAAGCAGCUCACUUACCUCACCGUUUUCUGGAGAACUCUUCUUUUCACGGAAGACAGAACCUCGAAUCCCAAUCGCGACCGAGACAGCAAAGUCGAACACGUCACCGUAUGGACACAAAACCGGGUUCAGCUCGGAGACAGAGCACUUGGCAGGUAUCCUGCCCCCGCAUCUCUGUGGACAUUCUGCUUAUGAAUCGUGGCUGAAAGCAGCAACUUCAGCGUCUAUGUUAUCGCGGGAGAACGGUGUUCAUGGCUUCAGUCCUGCGUUCUGGAGUUUACCGGGUGCCCAGGCCAGUUUGCUGGACCUUCAUAGCAGUGCAGGCACUCUGCCUUCACAUUUUGGCAAGAUGCCAACUUGUAGCAGCGCAUCAGACUGCAGCGCAUUGGCUCUGAGCCAUUCAGUUUUACCCUACCCACCCCUUACGACCACAAAUCCACAUCUCUUUAGCCCAUCACAACUGUUUCCUCCAAGUAGCUACAACUCAUUCUUACCUCCAGGUUACGAUAUCAUGAGCCUCACGGAGAUGCGAUCCUCUUUCUUUGGACCAGCCGGACUCGGGCUUUCACUGUCCAGAGCAGGCCGUCGUUACAGCGGCAGGGCAACCUGCGAUUGCCCAAACUGUCAAGAAAACGAGCGGUUAGCCGCAGCCGGCCAACCGCUACGAAAGAAAAAUGUUCACAGUUGUCACAUUCCGGGUUGCGGUAAGAUCUACGGAAAGACAUCGCAUCUUAAGGCGCAUCUUCGGUGGCAUACGGGUGAACGUCCCUUCGUCUGCAACUGGCUCUUCUGCGGUAAGCGAUUCACUCGGUCCGAUGAGCUCCAACGUCAUCUUCGCACGCAUACAGGAGAGAAGCGGUUCUCGUGCCCGACAUGCAACAAACGCUUCAUGAGAAGCGAUCACCUGAGCAAGCACGUCAAAACGCAUCAGAACAAUAAUAACAACAGCGGCAACGACAACGGUGGUAACGCCGACAGUAAAGCAGCAGGAGAAACCGGAAAGAUGUCACCGAUUAAGAAGUUAGCGAGCGUUGGCAGCAGUGAAGCUGAAUCGAGUCCUAGCGGUACAGAGGGGUCACCGUCACCGGUGUCUACCGGACCCGGACCUAUCAGCAUGUCCGUACCGCAAUCAGCUGCCCUGAAGGUAGCAUCACCAUAGCAACAUGUAAUGUUUCGAACUUUUCAUCCUAACAAGCCCAAAAUGACACUGCAGCUUAGAUACUCAGAGUAUUAAAGAGAAAUAAUAAUCAAUUACUUCGCAGUCUUGAAGCAAGUAGGAUACACAUGCCAUUAAUACAUCCCAGUUAUAGACUUCUCAGCAUACGUUAAGUUUGUAACAAAUAUAUAUAUAUAUAUAUAUAUAUAUAUAUAUAUAUAUAUAAAGAGGGAUCAUUGUGUGUUCUUGUUUCCGAAGAUGAUUCUAAAAGAAAUAUCUUUAGAUUUUGAUAUUUUAAUUUCUUCACAUUAUUCUACGUGUGAUACACACACAUCCACACCCACACGCGUCGCCCACUUCCACUUAUUUAAUUAAUAUAUUCUUUUGUUUGAACCUGAUCGUUGGCAAAUUUAUGGAAGGAAGCAAACAAUCUCUCUCUCUCUCUCUGUUAGCAUAUUUACCAUAAUGGCUAUUGUUCAUCACACAUCUAAGCCUGUUAUGUCACAUUUUAUUUCAUAAUUGCUUCUUGCUUCUUCUUCCAUUUUUGGAGGGGGUAUUCCUCUUUAUAUAAAUAUAUAUCUUUUAUUCUGAAAUAUUAUUAUUUAAUUCUAUUUUAUAGCAAAUAUUCAAUGGAGUUUCUGGUCACUACUACUCAAAAAUAUCAACAACUCCAUGACUUGACCCGAGGGUCUCUAAUCUUUGCACUCGCACAAUCAAACACGGUCACCAUGGUAACUAAUUUUGAGUACUCUGGUGGACAUUCAUGUUCACCAGAUGUAAUUUCAAAAACUUCUUUUACAGUAGAGAUUUUUGUCGUUAAUAUUUAAUGUUCAUCAAAUUUCGUUAUGCAGUUGUUAAGUCUUCUUUUGUAAUUCGUUUUACAAGAGCAGGAGUCUCUUCCCUAAAUUUGGACGCACUGUUUUCAAAAUGACCAUAUGUUUCGAACAAGAAUAUAGGCUACUUCACUUCGAAAGUCUAGUCUGUCGCUGUUUCACAUGCAACAGUUUACAUAAGAUUUCUCUGCAUUGAUGUAUACGUACAAAAACUUGUUUUGAUUGAAAUGUUUGAACAGAGAAAAAAAAUUAACCACUUUGUAACUUCGUAUGUUUUAAAAGAAGUGAAAUAGUUGUUCUGAUAUCCCAUGUAUUAAAUGAAAAUGUAAAAGGGAUUCCUUUUUAACCUUAAAGAGUCACAUCCUUUUAUGUUGAGAAAAGGACAAACAGGAAGUUAGAAGGAUUGAAUAUUGACGGUAUGAAAUCGUGGCUUUCGAUUUUAAGAAAGCAUCCUACUCUAUUAUUAGUUCGAGAGAGA